CUGACAGUUUCAAUUGCCUGAAAGUUGCGCAGAUUCAGCUUUCUUCUUCCUUGAAACCCCCAUGACAUAGUACCCAACCCUUCUCACCUCCAUUAGACCCACCAAAAGAAGGAAGCUUUCCUUCAACUAAGUUCUUGAUCUGGAUGAAGGCCAUGGAAUUCAAGCCUGCCAUUGUUGCCUUUUUUCUAAUCUUCCUCAUUGCCUUGCCUUGUCUUUCUAGAGGGAGAUUGGAUGUGUCAAAUAUGGAUUCUGGGAUCUAUGACAUUGAUUAUACAGGUCCAAAGACCCACUCUUCCUUUCCUCCACCAAAAGGAUCAGGUGGGAAGCCUAAUUAUAAUCGAAAAAGUGUGGUGGCACCUCGCAAAUCCAAUGAUUUGAGAGGUGAACAUGCAGGAGGAAAUAAGAAGAAAAUUCAUGGAUGAAAAGGUUUUGGUAAUGCAAUGUUUGUAAUAGUUUGGCACAAGGUAUUACAGUAAAGUUCCUUUAUUUCGAUUCGCAAAGAUCAGCGUGUUUCUUAAUUUACUUUUCGUAAGUUUGUGUACCAAUGGAAAUUUGAUCUGUGA